AUGAUGAUGAUGUCUCUGAACAGCAAGCAGCCUUUUGCUAUGGCCCACGCCAGCUUGCCCGAACCCAAGUACUCCUCGUUGCAUUCCUCCUCGUCCUCCACUCUGACUUCCAAUGCACCUUCAUCCUCCUGCUCGUCCUCCCGACACAGCAGCACCAUCAUCAGCAGCAGCGGCAGCAGCAGCAGCAGCUCGGAGGCGAUGCGCAGAGCCUGUCUCCCAACCCCACCGAGCAAUAUAUUCGGAGGCUUGGAUGAGAGUUUGUUGGCCCGGGCUGAAGCUCUAGCGGCGGUGGAUAUAGUCUCGCAGACCAAGAGCCACCACCACCCUCCACAUCACAGUCCCUUCAAGCCGGACGCGACCUACCACACCAUGAACACUCUCCCCUGCACGUCGUCUUCUUCCUCCUCCUCCUCGGUGCCUAUUUCUCAUCCGUCCGCCUUGGCCGGCCACCAUCAUCACCACCACCACCACCACCACCACCAGCCCCACCAGGCGCUGGAGGGGGACCUGCUGGACCACAUCACCCCGGGACUGGCGCUGGGAGCCAUGGCAGGGCCGGAUGGCUCGGUGGUUUCCACGCCUGCGCACCCUGCCCACAUGGCGGGCAUGAACCACAUGCACCAGGCGGCCAUCAACAUGGCUCAUGCCCACGGGCUACCACCGCACAUGGGCAUGAACGACGUGGACGCCGAUCCCAGGGACUUGGAAGCGUUCGCAGAGCGGUUUAAGCAGAGACGGAUCAAACUCGGGGUUACCCAGGCGGAUGUAGGGUCAGCGUUAGCCAGUCUGAAGAUUCCUGGGGUGGGCUCCCUCAGCCAGAGCACCAUCUGCCGAUUCGAGUCCCUCACGCUCUCUCACAACAACAUGAUCGCUUUGAAGCCCAUCCUGCAAGCGUGGCUAGAAGAAGCCGAGAAAUCACACAGGGAGAAACUUAAUAAACCCGAGUUGUUCAACGGUGCGGAGAAAAAGCGGAAGCGCACGUCGAUAGCGGCGCCGGAGAAGCGAUCACUGGAGGCCUAUUUUGCCAUUCAGCCGCGUCCCUCCUCGGAGAAAAUCGCAGCAAUCGCAGAAAAGCUGGACCUGAAAAAGAACGUGGUGCGGGUCUGGUUUUGCAACCAGCGGCAGAAACAGAAACGAAUGAAAUACUCUGCAUGCGUCUAG